AUGAGCUCGUCAAGCGACCUAUCCAGUCUCCCUACGCCGCCGGCUUGCAUUGCCGACUUUUGCUUGAUACCCCUCGGUACACCGACGGCGUCAGUGUCCAAGGAGGUGGCAGAGGUGCAGCGGGUGUUGAAGAGAAGCGGGCUAGUGUACAAGAUGCACUCUGCUGGAACGACGGUCGAGGGCUCGUGGGAGGAGGUGAUGAGGGUCAUCGGGCAAUGUCACGCUUUGCUGCAUCAGAACGGGGUGGUGAGGAUCCAGAGCGACAUCAGAGUCGGGUCGCGGACGGAUAAGAAGCAGAGUGCCGAGGACAAGGUUGCGGCCGUCGAAAAGUUGCUCGGCGAGAGCGAGGAGGAUGCGAAUUGA